AGAUAAUAAAUUCAUUCGCAUGGAAACGUAGCAGUCGAAUUGUUCAAACAAAUUAUCCUGAUUAGAUUCAAUAAUUUCAAUCUAUACAAUGAAAUCGAAUAUAGUUGAUACUUUUAACAGUAACACUAUAUUAAUCACUGGAAGUACAGGAUUUUUAGGAAAAUUAUUGAUGGAAAAAUUGCUUAGAACAUGUCCUGGAAUAACAAAUAUCGUUGUAAUAAUAAGAAGUAAAAAAAACUCGAGUGCGGAUAAUAGAGCUUUGGAAACGUAUGAAGGAACCGUAUUCGACCGACUACGGAAAGAAAAUCCUGAUUUCAUGAGAAAAAUAAAAGUUUUUAAUGGAGAUUUACAAUCUCCGUUAUUAAAUUUAUCUCAAAAUAAUUUGGAAUGGAUAGUGAAUAAUGUCAAUUUCAUUUUCCAUUGUGCUGCUACAUUGAAAUUUGAUGAACAUAUAAAAAAAGCAACACAAAUUAAUGUAGAAGGAACGGAACGGCUAUUGAACAUUGCAACUCAAAUGAAAAAUUUAAAAGGGUUUAUUCACGUAUCUACUGCAUAUUCACACUGCCCAAGACAAGAAAUCGAUGAAGAAUUUUAUCCCAUAGAAAUAACCACAGAAGAUUUAAAACUCCAUGUAAAAAAUAGUAACGAAGAAAUAGAAAUACAGAAAUUCUGGCCCAACACUUACACAUUUACAAAAGCUAUGGCUGAAAAUUUGGUUGAAACUUAUGGUAAAAGACUACCAGUAGGAAUUUUCCGUCCAUCAAUUGUGGGGAGCACUUUUAAAGAACCUAUUCCAGGCUACUUAGAAAAUAUGAAUGGCCCAUCAGGUGUAGUAGCAGGAACAAUAGUAGGUUUUCUUAGAGCUAUUCCGUGCAAAUUAAAUAAUGUGGUCGAUAUAGUACCAGCAGACUACACGGUAAACGCUUUGAUAGCAUCUAUGUGGGAUACAGCUAACAGAUAUCAAAACUCGGUCUCAGAUAAGCCAAAAAUAUACAAUUAUGUUUCAUCAACCGUUAGUCCAUUGACUUGGGAGCGCUAUAUGAGUGAGUCAAAACAAAUUUUUUACACAGCUCCUCCUAACUGUGCUAUUUGGUACGGGAUUAUCUAUACUUAUGACAAUAAAUGGCUGGGAAAAUUUUUAUGGUUAUUUUUACAUUGGAUACCAGGAAUUAUAUUUGAUUGUAUGCUCUUAUUAGUUGGAAAAAGUACGAGAUUUUAUAAAAUGUAUACAAAAGCAAACAAAAUGAUGAAUGUUUUACGUCCUUUUACAUUAUCUCAAUGGAAGUUUAAAAACAAAAAUACACAAAAAAUAUGGUCUUUACUAAGCGAGGAAGAACAAAAAAUUUUUUUUUUCAAUAUGGAACACUUUGACUGGAGUUCAUACAUACAAACCUAUUAUUUUGGAAUAAGAAAUUAUAUUUUACAUGAAAAUAAACAGAAUAUUUCAGACGCUUUAAAAAAACAUAAGAGAUUAUAUUAUCUACAUAUGUUUACGUUGUUCCUAUUGACUUAUGUGUUUUAUUUUUUGGUGAGUACAUCUUUUGGACUUAAUUUUUUUGGAUUUUAGUUA